AAAAAGACUGUUGAAAUGGUUGAUCAAAUUGAAAAUCUGAAAUUUGGGAUGGCAUUUAUUUGUACGUACAUCCAGCUUUCUUAUUCCGAUUUGGAGCAAUUUGAUGAAUUAAUGUCUGUCCAAAGACAAGAGGUUGAAAAUAUUCUUCGAUCAAUUCUCUGUGAUGUUGAGUUUAACGUGGCGAUUAAAUACAACAUACAUCAUGUCCUUACUCACCUCAGGGAUAAUAUUGAUUAUUUUAUCAGCUCUCAGAAUCGUUCUACAUCAAGUGCCACCAUGACUGAGGAGCAGAUGGACUUCCUCCUCCUGAAUCUCCAUCAUCUAUCCAAGUAUCUUACUGAACAGACUCAGUAUGAGAUUCUUCACAAUGUGUGUGGCAACAUGAAAGAUUUCCAUGGGUUGAUAGUGAAUGGGUGCAUUGAGCACGAGAUUGUUGAAUAUGUCUUACCUCAGUUUCAACUCAUGGCUGAGAGAGUAGGACGCUUCCUUUGGGAUGAUCAAAUUGAUGGAGAGUCUCGACUCUUCAAGCUAGCACAUCUACUCAUGAAGAUUAUUCCAAUUGAGCUGGAGGUUGUGAACAUAUGUUUUACAAAUUUGAAAGCUUCAACUUCAGCAGAAGUUGGACACUUCAUUAAGAAACUCCUGGAAAUCUGUCCUGACAUUCUUAGAGAAUAUCUGAUUCAUCUACAGGAGCACAUGAUAAAUGUUACUACCACCACUUCAGGGGCUCAAAACAUUCAUGUCAUGAUAGAGUUCCUAUUAAUUAUUCUUUCUGAUAUGCACAGGGACUUUAUUCAUCAUGACAAAUUAUUUGAUCUUUUGGCUUGUGUUGGAGAACUUACCAGGGAGGUAUCAACUCUUGUUCACGACUUAGAAGAAAAAUUAAGGAAUAAAGAGAGUACUGACAAAACAAAUUGUGCAACCCUAGACUUGCUGGAAAAUAUUGAACUCCUCAAGGAAGAUCUCAAACAUGUUUAUCUGACAGUCCCGGACUCAUCUCAAUGUUGCUUCCCCAUGAGUGAUGGACCUCUCUUCAUGCAUCUGCUACACAUGCACUUAGAUGAUUUGCUGAAUUCCAAUGCUUAUUCAAUUGCUUUAAUAAAGGAAGAAAUCAGGUUGGUGAAAGAAGACCUAGAAUCCAUAAGAUCUUUUUUUGUGAAUAUUGAGCAGGAAUGGUACAAAGAUCUUUGGGCACGUGUUUUAGAUGUGGCAUAUGAGGCAAAAGAUGUCAUUGAUUCAAUAAUUGUUCGAGAUAAUGGUCUCUUACAUCUUAUUUUCUCACUUCCCAUUACCAUAAUGAAGAUCAAGUUUAUCAAAGAACAGGUCUCCGAUUUACAUGAGAAGAUUCCCAAGAACGGAGGUCUCCUUGUUGUAAACUCUCCCAAGAAGCUAGUUGAAAGCAAGUCAUUACCGGCUGGUAAAAUUAUUGUAGGUUUUGAGGAGGAGACAAUUUGGAUAAUUGAGAAGCUCACCCGUGGAUCAGCAGAUCUAGAUGUCAUUUCGAUCACUGGCAUGCCGGGUUCAGGUAAAACUACUUUGGCGUACAAAGUAUACAAUGAUAAAUCAAUUUCUAGUCAUUUUGACCUUCGCGCAUGGUGCACAGUCGACCAAGAAUAUGACGAGAAAAAUUUGUUGAAUAAAAUUUUUAAUCAAGUUAAUCGCUCGGAUUCAAAAUUGAGUGAGAAUAUUGAUGUUGUUGAUAAACUACGGAAACAACUGUAUGGAAAGAGGUAUCUUAUUGUUUUAGAUGACGUGUGGGAUACCUCAAAAUGGGAUGAGUUAACAAGACCGUUUCCAGAAGUUGAGAAAGGAAGUAGAAUUAUAUUGACGACUCGAGAAAAGAAAGUGGCUUUGCAUGGAAAGCGCAACACUGAUCUUCUUGACCUUCGAUUGCUAAAACCAGAAGAAAGUUGGGAGUUAUUAGAGAAAAGGGCAUUUGGAAACGAGAGUUGCCCUGAUGAACUAUUGGAUGUUGGAAUAGAAAUAGCCCAAAAUUGUAAAGGGCUUCCUUUGGUGGCUGAUCUGAUUGCUGGAGUCAUUGCAGGGAGGGAAAAGAAAAAGGCGGUGUGGCUUGAAGUUCGAAAUAAUUUGAAUUCCUUUAUUUUGAACAGUGAAGUGGAAGUGAUGAAGGUUAUAGAACUAAGUUAUGACCAUUUAUCAGAUCAAGUAAAGUUGUGCUUGCUUUACAUUGCAAGUUAUUCGAAGGACACUGCAAUGAUAAUUUCUGGGUUGAUAGAUUUAUGGCAUGCUGAAGGACUUGUGGAGCAGACAGAGAUGAAGAGUGAGGAAGAAGUGAUGAAGGUUUAUUUGGAUAACUUAAUUUCCAGUAGCUUGGUAAUUAUUUUCAAUGAGAUUGGUGAGUACCCGACUUGCCAACUUCAUGAUCUUGUGCAUGACUUUUGUUUGAUAAAAGCAAGAAAGGAAAUGUUGUUUGACCGGAUAAGUUCAAGUGCUCCAUCUUCUUCUUCAGAUUUGAUGCCACGUAUAGUGACCAUUGAUUGUAAAAGCGAGUUCUUUGGCCUUGAAAAUUUUGUCCUGUUUGGUUCAAAUAAGAAAAGGCAUUCUGGUAAACACCUGUAUUCUUUGAGGAUAAAUGCAGAUAAUCUUGACGGCGGUCUUUCUGAUACAUGCCACCUAAGACAUUUGAGGCUUCUUAGAGUGUUGAAACUGGAUCACACUUUUAAGGUGAAAGAUUCUUUGCUGAAUGAAAUAUGCAUGUUGGUUCAUUUGAGGUUCUUACGAAUUGGGACAGAAGUUAAAUCUCUGCCUUCAUCUUUCUCAAACCUCCGGAAUCUAGAAAUCCUCUCGGUGUAUAACAAAGGAUCAACCUUGGUACUAUUACCGAGAAUUUGGGAUCUAGUAAAGUUGCGAAUACUGCACAUGACUUCUUGUUCUUUCCUUGAUAUGGAUACAGAUGAACCAAUACUGAUAGCAGAGGACACAAAGUUAGAGAACUUGAGAUAUUUAGAGAACCUGGUGCUUUCCUAUUCAAAAGAUGCAGAGGAUAUUUUCAAAAGGUUUCCCAAUCUUCGAAUUCUUGUAUUCGUUCUCAAGGAAUCACGGGAUUGUUCAACAAAACGACACUGGUUCCCAAAAUUGGAUUUCCUAACUGAACUAGAACGCCUCAGUGUAGAAUUUGAAAGUUCAAAUGACAGUGAGCCCUCUGUAGGGACAAAUUGGCUGUGUGAUUUUCACUUCCCUUCAAGUUUGAAAAUAUUGUCAUUAGGUAAAUUUCCUCUGACACCCGAUUCAUUAUCAACAUUAGCUAGACUGUCCAACCUUGAAGGGUUGUCCCUUGAGAACACAAUCAUUCACGGGGGAGAAUGGAACAUGACGGAGGAAGACACCUUUGAGAAUCUCAAAUUUUUGGAGUUGGAUGAAGUGACACUUUUUAAGUGGGAGGUUGGAGAGGAAUCAUUUCCCGUGCUUGAGAAAUUAGAACUGUGGAGAUGUUGUAUGCUUGAGGAGAUUCCGCUAAGUUUUGGGGAUAUUUGUUCAUUGAAAAUUAUCAAACUUGUAGAGAGCCCUCAACUUAUAGAUUCUGCUAUGAAGAUUAAGGAAUAUGUUGAAGAUAUCAUGGGAGGGGACGAGCUUCAUGUUGUUGGCCGGAACAAUGUCCCAUUAUUUUAA